GAGAGAGAGAGAGAGAGAGAGAGAUUAAAGCACAACAGAAAGAGGUAGAGAGAGAAAUAUGGGGAGUGAUUGUGGCAACAGUAAAGAGUGUCCUCUGAAGACUAAUACGCCGACAAUAAAGUUCACGAAGCUGUUCAUUAAUGGCGAAUUCGUUGAUUCUGUUUCAGGAAGAACAUUUGAGACGAAAGAUCCUAGAAAUGGAGAGGUAAUAGCAAAAGUUGCGGAAGGAAACAGAGAAGAUGUUGACUUGGCCGUCAAAGCUGCCCGUGCCGCUUUCGACCAUGGUCCUUGGCCUCGCUUGUCCGGUUUUGAGAGGGCAAAAAUUAUGUUGAAGUUUGCUGACUUGAUUGACCAAAAUAUUGAAGAGCUAGCGACUCUGGAAACCCUAGAUGCCGGAAAGUUAUUUAGUUGGAACAAAAAUGCUGAUAUUCCUGGAGGGGCAAACACUCUCCGAUACUACGCGGGUGCGGCGGAUAAAAUCCAUGGAGACGUGCUGAAAAUGUCACGCGAGCUUCAGGCCUACACAUUGCUUGAACCCAUUGGAGUUGUGGGACACAUUAUUCCAUGGAAUUUCCCUUGCACCAUGUUCUUCAUGAAGACCAGCCCCGCCUUAGCUGCUGGCUGCACCAUGAUCGUCAAACCUGCAGAGCAAACUCCGCUUACAGCUCUCUAUUUUGCCCAUUUGGCUAAGCUGGCCGGUAUACCUGAGGGAGUGCUCAAUGUGGUCACUGGCUUUGGACGAACCGCGGGUGCUGCUAUCAGUUCUCAUAUGGACAUUGACAUGGUGAGUUUUACAGGCUCCACAGAUGUAGGACGCGAAAUAAUGAAGGCAUCAGCGGCGAGCAAUUUAAAAACGGUUUCGCUAGAAUUAGGAGGAAAAUCGCCCCUCGUAAUUUUUGAUGACGCUGAUAUAGAUAUGGCUUCUAGUCUUGCUCUUCAGGGAAUUCUAUUUAACAAGGGAGAAAUAUGCGUGGCGGGUUCUCGUGUGUAUGUUCAAGAAGGGAUUUAUGAUGAAUUUGUAAAGAAGUUGGUGAAGAAGGCAAAAGAUUGGGUUGUUGGAGACCCUUUUGAUCCUCAAGUUCGUCAAGGACCCCAGGUCGACAAGGCGCAAUUCGAUAAGAUUUUGAGCUACAUUGAGCAUGGAAAGAGGGAAGGAGCCACAUUGUUAACUGGGGGCAAGGCUAUUGGAAACAGAGGAUAUUACAUUGAGCCAACAAUAUUCACCGAUGUUAAGGAGGACAUGCUUAUUGUAAAGGACGAAAUAUUUGGACCAGUUAUGGCGCUCAUGAAGUUCAAGACUAUUGAGGAGGCAAUAACAAGAGCAAACGACACUAAAUAUGGGUUAGCAGCAGGCAUUGUGACAAAGGACUUGAAUGUGGCCAACACUGUCUCAAGAUCAAUCCGUGCAGGCAUCAUAUGGAUCAACUGCUACUUCGCUUUCGAUCGCGAUUGCCCGUAUGGCGGGUACAAGAUGAGCGGGUUCGGAAGAGAUUUUGGUUUGGAUGCUCUUCAUAAGUAUCUGCAAGUGAAAUCCGUGGUAACUCCUAUUUACAAUUCUCCAUGGCUCUGAGAGAAAACGGUUGCUCUCAACAAGUUACAAAGUGUAAUAAAGCUUUCUUUUGUCGUUUACUUUUUUUUUUUUUCCCCUUCUUGGUAAUACGAAAAUAAACACUCGAGUUACGGUUUGUACAGAUGCUGAGUAGUUGUAAUGGGAUUGUAGUUUCGUAUAUGUUUGGUCGACAAAAUUGUAUUCCAUGCAAAAUGUUGUAUAAGGCUGAAUAUAUACAAGUGGAGUGGGAGUUACAACUUUCCACACUCGCACCUUCUUUUCUUUCUUUUAA